CAUUGAUUUUACCCAGGGAAGACCCGACUCAACCGGGCGCACGGUACGCACUAUCGACAUAGAACUCCUAUAGGAUCAGAAGCAAGUCUGGAGUCAGUCCGCGAGCGCAACCCUUUAUCUUUAUUCCUUCAAACUGGACGGAACGACGAAUGUUGAACUGGAGAUCUCAUCACUGAACGACACAUUUGGAUGAGUCGAGUCCAUUGACAUCUAUAUAGGGAUAGAAAUAUUGUCCAGAUCCUUUCCAAAAAAGGCUAUUCCUUUUUGAGGAACCCAAGACGCGCAUUCUCCCAAGCACAAGUGGCUUGCUUGAACCAGCAUCGUGGCUACUCUUCCAGCAGUGGCAUGUUCGAGGGAUAAAGCAGACACAAUUGAACUCCUACUUUCACCCAAAGAGGAUUCAAUGAAAAUGUCUGUGUGCGUCCAUGAGAACCGCAAGUCGCGUGCCAGCACCGGCUCCAUGAACAUCUACCUGUUCCACAAGUCGUCGUACGCCGACAGCGUCCUGAUGCACCUGAACACACUGAGGCAGCAGCGUCUCUUCACCGACGUCCUCCUCCACGCCGGGAGCCGCUCUUUCCCCUGCCACCGUGCCGUGCUGGCCGCCUGCAGCCGCUACUUCCAGGCUAUGUUCUCUGGAGGUCUCCGGGAGAGCCAGGCCAGCGAGGUUGACUUCAGGGACUCCAUCCACCCUGAGGUCCUGGAGCUGUUAUUAGACUACGUCUACUCCUCUCGCGUGGUCAUCAACGAGGAGAAUGCAGAGUCUCUGCUGGAGGCCGGGGACAUGCUGGAGUUCCAGGACAUCCGGGACGCCUGUGCCGAGUUCCUGGAGAGGAACCUGCACCCGUCCAACUGCCUGGGCAUGCUGCUGCUGUCCGACGCCCACCAGUGCACCAAGCUGUCUGAGCUGUCCUGGGCCAUGUGCCUCAGCAACUUCCCCGCCAUCUGCAAGACAGAGGACUUUCUGCAGCUCCCCAAAGACAUGGUGGUGCAGCUCCUGUCCCACGAGGAGCUGGAGACAGAGGACGAGAGGCUGGUCUAUGAGGCCACCCUCAACUGGGUCAACUACGACCUGGAGAGGAGGCACUGUCACCUGCCGGAGCUGCUGCAGACCGUCCGCCUGGCACUGCUCCCCGCCAUCUUCCUCAUGGAGAACGUGUCCACAGAGGAGCUGAUCAACGCCCAGUUAAAGAGCAAGGAGCUGGUGGACGAGGCCAUCCACUGCAAACUGAAGAUCCUCCAGAACGACGGGGUGGUGAACAGCCCCUGCGCCCGGCCCAGGAAGACCAGCCACGCCCUGUUCCUCCUGGGAGGACAGACCUUCAUGUGUGACAAGCUGUACUUGGUGGACCAGAAGGCCAAGGAGAUCAUCCCCAAGGCGGACAUCCCCAGCCCCAGGAAGGAGUUCAGCGCCUGCGCCAUCGGCUGUAAUGUCUAUGUGACUGGCGGGAGGGGCUCAGAGAACGGUGUGUCCAAAGACGUGUGGGUCUAUGACACUGUGCAUGAGGAGUGGUCCAAGGCAGCGCCCAUGCUCAUUGCCCGCUUCGGCCACGGGUCAGCCGAGCUGAAACACUGCUUGUACGUGGUUGGAGGACACACGGCCGGCACCGGCUGCCUCCCCGCCUCACCCUCGGUGUCCCUGAAACAGGUGGAGCAGUUCGACCCGGCGGCCAAUAAGUGGACCAUGGUGGCGCCGCUGAGGGAAGGCGUGAGCAACGCGGCGGUGGUCAGCGUCAAGCUGAAACUCUUCGCCUUUGGCGGAACCAGCGUCACCCAUGACAAACUUCCCAAGGUGCAGUGCUACGACCCGCAGGAGAAUUGCUGGAUGGUUCCCGCCUCCUGCCCGCAGCCCUGGCGCUACACUGCCGCCGCCGUCCUCGGCAAUCAGAUCUUUGUGAUGGGCGGGGACACAGAGUUCUCGGCGUGCUCGGCCUAUAAGUUCAGCAGCGAUACCUACCAGUGGACUAAAGUGGGAGACGUGACGGCUAAGAGGAUGAGCUGCCAGGCCGUAGCGUCAGGUAACAAACUGUAUGUGGUAGGGGGCUACUUUGGCACACAGCGGUGUAAGACUCUGGACUGUUAUGACCCGACGCUGGAUGCUUGGAACAGCAUCACUACCGUACCCUACUCCCUCAUCCCCACUGCCUUCGUCAGCACCUGGAAACAUCUCCCAGCCUGACCUGCAUGGCAUUCUGGGAUAACCCCACAUCUCCAUCCCAACCCCCCUCUCAUGAGAUUUCUCUGUUUUGCAUCAUCCACUGGAUUCCAGCUGUGAAGAUAGAAUCACACUCUUUAACUUCCUGUCUGUGCAAUAAAAAAAUAAGACUUUCUAAUUUUCUUCAUGAAAACAACUGAACCAUUGUAUAAGUGUGAAAACACAUGAUCCACCCUAAUGCUACUGUGAUUUUACAGACGUGUAAAGAACCAUCAAUGCUCCUGAGAGGACCUUGUACACAGGAUGAUGUCAAUGAUGUCAUAUCGUUUCUGAGAGAGAGGUUUGGACGUUAUUCAUGCAAACAAACCCAACAACCUGCUGCUUGUACUGUAAGAUCCAGCAACCUGCUGCUUGUACUGUAAGAUCCAGCAACCUGCUGCUUGUACUGUAAGAUCCAGCAACCUGCUGCUUGUACUGUAAGAUCCAGCAACCUGCUGCUUGUACUGUAAAAUCCAACAACCCCCUAAUCCCAGUGUACUAUCGGCUUACCGCGCCUGUGCGUCUCAGCCUUCCAUGAAACACCCAUCAACAUAUCAGUCAGUCACACACUCACACAGCCUGGAUUUCUUUCCGUUCAAUCAUGAAAUACUUGUACUACGGACUAUGUCUUUGCUCUUCUCACUCUGAUAAUUCUGUGAUAUGAAAUUUGAAAAAUGAAGAAGAAACAUUCUCUGCACAGGGCCUUUAAUGUAAUAGCAUUAAGGAGCACCUGUUUGGACAUAGGAUACAUAUGAGGGGAGAGAGGAUAGUGACCAGAGACUCCUCUUCAGCUUGAUUAUGAGCAGCUGAUCCAUAAACAGUUCUCUCCCUAGUGUAUCUGAGACUUUAGACUCUUCUUGUUCCAGUCGUUCUGCCCUCGCCAAGGAAGAGGAGAGAAAGACAGAGAUUGACAACCUCCUCCCCUCCUCUUCCUGUCCCCAUCACCUAGUAGGCGUUUGGGGUUUAAAACGUUGUAAUGGGUGUUGGAAGUUCCUCUUUGGCAGUUUGCUGUGAGACCUGGCUCUAGCUGUCACUACGUGUUGUGAGGACUUGAAGUGCCAGCACCAGCUGAGUCUGAGAGGGGAGUUGGGGAGAGGGUGAAGGAGGGUCAUGUCCUGACAUGUCUACCGAUGUAAAGUUACCACCCCCUUUCGCCCUGCCUCCCCCAACGCCAUUCUUGCUGUAGGUCACUACACUCUCCUGACCCAAAAUAACAAUGAUCAAAGAAGAGAAGUGGACAAUGCAACACAGAACUGAAGAAAAUGCUAAUUCAAGCUCAGUUGGACACUAAGGGCUCGAUUCAAUCUGUAGUGCUGAAUAUCAGGAUUACAGCGUGAUUGAAAUUGAAAGGCAAUGUUUCCAUGUUCGCGGAGACUGCAUUCACGGUAAUAGCUGCAUAUGUCGGCUCAAUCGGAAAUGACCUUUAAAAUGUUAAGCUUCCUUUACGGAUUGCAUCCAGCCCUGAAGGGUUUGCUCUUGCACACUAUUUACUGUUUGUUCCGAAGUCAUUCCAAUGAGCAGUAUUGUUUUGUUGGAUCACUGAUGGAUACAUUUUCUACUUUGCCUAGAAGAUUAUUCUGAACUCUUCAGAGCAUGCACCAUGGAUAUGGGGACUCAAGUAUGAUUGGCAUGAUGAACUUCUCUGGCCAAGAGCAUCUUGUUAACUUCCUAACCAAAACGGAAACGUAAUACAUUCUUGUCUUAUCUUGCUCCAGUGUAUCAUGUUUCAUAAAUCUUAAUUUAUACAAAAAUGACUUUACUUUAUUUAUUGUUUCUCUGCCUGCAUUCAUUUCCAGGUAAAUGAAUGUAGAUCUUUUUAAGGGUAAAUCAUGCAUGACCCUUGUUAUAGAUGCUCUAUUUUAUUGUUUAUCCUUUGGUCUGCUUUUUUUGCACAGUUCAGUUUCUCCCAAAGUGCAACCUGUUCCAACCAUAUGGUCAGUGAGGUAAACAGGUCAGAGGUCUGGAGUUAGGAGUCAGUAUACGGAUGGACACUUUAGAUUACCUAGAGUGUAAGUGGCCAGUGGGUGGGAAUGUGUUUGUUUUAGAGGUGGACUCUGGGUAGAGUAACAUCUCACAUUUAAAUGUCGACUCUGCUAUGAGGCAUAUCUGCUUUAUUUUAAGUCCCACACUCAAAUAUUCAAUAUUCUGACUUGAGACGAGCGUAUGUAGCUCAGACUUCUGUGUACAUCAUUUAUCAAUGUCAAUGGGAGACUUGCAUGAAAAAUACAAGCUAAGCAUGUAGAUCUCAAGUCAGAAUACUGACAUUUUAGUGUAGUGUGAGUGUGAAGAUGAGGAGGAGGAAGAGGAUGUGUAGUUAACUGACUCCUGUAAAUGUAAAGGGCAGGCAGACACCGCAGUGCUCUUCACCAUAUGGGCACUGAUGUAUGGGAGGGAAUAUGACAGGGGAGAGUUCCAAAGACCAACAAAGAGAAUGUCUUAAAUACUUGCAUCUACAGUUUUGUACCAGUAGUUGAUUUCUGGAUGUUUUUGUCUGUUUGUCUGUCUGGGUGGCCAAAAUAUUGACAUGUACAGUUUAGCAUGAUGAAAUCAUUGUCAAGGUCAACAUAAAAGCUAACAGUUGUAUAGAUUUUCCCAGGCAGGAUGUGUUCUGGGUGGAUUCAGUGAAUGGCCUCAAUCCCUUGUAUUCCACAUUCCUGUUUGAUUAUUUGAGCCACCCAAACCUCACAGCCCUCCUCACAGCCCAACUUCUACCCCCCAGCCCUCCUCACAGCCCAACUUCCACCUUCCAGCCCUCCUCACAGCCCAACUUCCACCUCCCAACCCUCCUCCCACCUCCUAGCCCACCUCCCACCUCCCAACCCUCCUCACAGCCCAACUUUCACCUCCCAGCCCUCCUCACAGCCCAACUUCCACCUCCCAGCCCUCCUCAUAGCCCAACUUCCACCUCCCAGCCCUCCUCACAGCCCAACUUCCACCUCCCAACCCUCCUCCCACCUCCCAACCCUCCUCCCACCUCCCAACCCUCCUCCCAC